CCCUCAGAUCUCUUGCGAAUGGAAAUUGAUACCACCGGCAGCACCUUGUGAAAAGGAUAUGUCUCGACGAAAGGAAACCCGAGGAGGAAUAUCGAUCCUUGAGCGACUUUUUACGGCGAAGUUGGCACGAAAUCUCCGCCGGCGCCUCUGGAGCGUUUAUGAAGCCUGCAUGUUUGAAAGCGAAGAUGAAGAAGACGAAACAACCCGACAGAGCCCAGGCGCCUCAACGGGGAAGCAAUAGCCCGGAUGCCUGUGAUAACAAAGACGGUAAUGAGAGCAGCGAGAAGGGGGGAGCCACUCAUCAGAUAAGUCAAAACUAUAAUGACAAGCACGACAUGGAGCAGAACGAUUCCACAGACGGCGUCUCUAAGGAGACCGCUUCUACUGACCGAACGUACGAAAGGGUGGCACUUUAUAUGCCCUACCUUACGUUCGGCAAAUGCUAUCGAGACGAUGCGAAGGAUGGUGAGGCGGACAAGAAUUGCCGAGACAAGUAUCAACAGCUGCUGGACGCUUAUAAGGAGAAGAUAAUUCACGGGUCGCGGACUUUCGAUCAAUUCUACUACGAUUCCAUGUCGGACAUGAAAGGUCGCGAUGCCAGUCAAGUUGUGACGCGGGCUCUCACGAACCACCAUAGCGGGGAUGGAAUCGAGACCGAGCCCUGGUGGCCAAUCCUCGCCGUUGAUCAGCUUUGGCUCUGGGUGAUUGACGAAGAGACCAUCGUCACCUGCUCUACGCACCGACGAGAUGGCCUGGCCGACCCUGUGGUGGAAAGGAUAUGGAAUUAUCUUCGGGAAAAGAAAGGCAAGGGCAAAGGACAGCCGCCACCCUCGUCUGUGGAUGAGAUGAGCAGAUUCAUUGUCAACUUUUGCACCAGUUUUGUGAACGAAACAAGCUGGGAGGCGUCUAUCUCGGGAAGACCGCAGGGGACAUGCUCGGUGGUAGAGACACAGAGCAGCCGGAAAUCACCGCGUGAAAUCUUUGCAGAAACAAUCAACAAGAAGGCCGAUGACGAGAAGGAAAUGUUCCGAGGCUUCAAGGAAAAGAUGCGGUUGAAGAAAGACGAGAGUGAAGCCCAGGACCAAACACACAGGACAAUCCUCAACCAGCAAGAGGAGACCCAGAAUUGGCAGUCAAUCAGCAAGGCAGCCACGGUGCUCAACGAGGUGAAAGACGUCCUGGACGAGCUCAACAUCCUGAGGGCAGCAUUGAUGCAACAACAGUCUGUUUGGAACGAACUGUUCAAAGGCGGAGCCGAGUUGAAAAGCGAGAGAGCUCCCACGUAUACUAUCCAACAGAUUGAUGAAAUGACCAAAAUCACGGAGGCCAUCCAGUUAUCUGUCAAGGAUAUUCUCGGCCUUGAACAGAACGGAAUCAAUAUCAUCGAGGCCUUUCUUUCCCGCGGCCAGGCAAAAGAAUCCAUCCAGCAAGGAAAAACCCUCAUGGUCUUCACCGUUAUCACCAUCUUCUUCGUCCCCAUGUCGUUCUUGACAUCCCUCUUUGCAUUGAAUGUGUCGUCCUUCCAACACGACCCCCAGAAUAAUCUGAUCUAUGAGCCCGGUUGGAUCUUCCCAAUUAUCUUCUGCACCUCCAUUGGACUAGGCCUGGUCAUCAUCUUCUUCGCCUUCUACUUCGACUACGCCAGGAAGACUUGGAACCACUUUGUCAAGGGAGGCGAUGGCGGCGGCCCUGUUGUCAGUCAUACAACCAGCACGACUAGUCUUGCACAGAAAGCACACGGCUCUGUGGUAUCUUAUUCCCAGCCUCCUGAGGUCCUAGAGAAGAAGUCUGGUGGAGAGGGAAUGUGGCGGUUGGGCUUCAACCAGAAGCGUGCGCCUUAUCAUAUUGUUUAGUCUGCUACUUCUCACUAGCUUAUCCUUUUACAAGAUCAUCAAUAGCAGGAUAGUAUGAAGAAAGAUUAGAUUCCAGUCAUCCAACAAAUACGCUUCGCCAAUAUAUACAAUUUCUAUACACCAACCCCAAAAUCCAAAUCUAAUCCAAAUCUAAACCAACGCCUCAUAU